AAUGAUCUAGCUUGCCUCGCAAUUCUCCAGGAUCACGGUGUGAGCAAGUCGUCAAGAGCAGUGUUUGCCAGGUUCAUUCUCUGCUGCUUUCGUGUCUAUUGUCCCAAUUUGGCUCGGCUUCUUCUUCACUGAACUUUGCCCUGCCAUAUUCCACUCGCUUAACCCUUUUGCCUCAACACACAUCGUCGUUGUCGUCGUCGUCGUAUAUACGUUGGUCACCAGAGCUCCCCUUUUCAUCAUCAUGCAUUUUACCACUCUCGUUUUUGCCGCAAGCUGUGGCCUGGUUGCAGCCCACGGUGGCGAUGGACUGCCACUGCCCAACAUAAUGGCAGGCAGAGGUGCAAUGCAAGACUUCACCUCGGCCCGCCGCCAGAUUCAGCGUCGCGCUGCACACGUCGAGCCCGUCCGUGAGGCUUCGGAGCUGGAGAAGCGCCAGUCUGUGGGCCGUUGCGGUCCCAACUUCAACAAUCAGGUCUGCGAUUCCGGAUACUGCUGUUCCAGCGCAGGUUGGUGUGGGCAAGGAUACCUCUACUGUUCAGCGCCAUCGUGCAUGAUCGAGUAUGGUCCCGCGUGUGAUGCCAACAUCCGUCCCGACGGACCGGAUACGGCGAAUGUUGCUCGUCCCAAGAUAGGCGCCGUUCCGUAUGGCAAGGCCAUCUACCACUGUGAGCGUUACGGCGAUAUCGCUCUCACUUUCGAUGAUGGCCCCUACAUAUACACUGAAGAUCUCUUGAACAAGCUCAAGGUAUACAACGCCAAGGCCACUUUCUACAUCACGGGUAACAACCUGGGCAAGGGCAAGAUUAAUGACCCGGCCACCAAGUGGCCUGCUCUCAUCAAGCGCAUGGUUGCCGAAGGCCAUCAGAUCGCCAGCCACACCUGGUCGCACCAGAGACUCACCACCGUGAGCGCCGAGAAGUUCCGCAAUCAGAUGAUCUACAAUGAGAUUGCUUUUGCCGACCUUCUGGGUUACUUCCCAACUUACAUGAGACCUCCUUACUCGGCCUGCGAUGCCACCUGUGAAGGUUACUUGAAUGACCUCGGGUACCACAUCACCUACUUCAACCUCGACACCGAGGGCUACCUGCAUGACAGCGCCAACUUGAUCGAGAGCUCCAAGGACAUCUGGGACAGCAAGGUUGAGGGCAAAUCACCCGCCAACAACAAGUGGCUCCACAUCGAGCAUGACCCUGUUUACCAGACCGUCUACAACCUGACCGACCACAUGCUUGAAUCCCUCUUCCGCAACGGUUUCCGUUCCGUCACCGUCGGUGACUGCCUCAACGACCCCAAGGAGAACUGGUAUCGCUCCGUCGGUAACACACCGCCUUCUAGCAGUACCCGUGCCUCCACCCUCGCCCCCGGCACCACCACCUCCACCUCCACCACAUCCGCCUUGUCCACUCCUACGGGUAGCCUCACCCCUUCCAAGGACGGUCGCUGCGGACCCAAGUUUGGCGACACAACCUGCAUCAACGAGCCCGGCGCGACCUGCUGCUCUGCCGCCGGCUGGUGCGGAAACACUGCUGACCACUGCGGCGCCGCCUGCCAGCCCCUCUACGGAAACUGCCAGAUCUCGUCGGCCAAGGCCUCGACCUCGAGCGUCCGUGCCAGCUCUGCGUCGACGUCCCGCGCGCCGUCUGCGUCGUCUUCUACCCUGGCACCAGUCCCCGCCUCCUCCCGCACUAGCACCUCCGUAGGGGCUUCCGGCACGCCGGUGUCUCCUCCCUUGAGCACCAAUGGCCGCUGCGGUACUACGCAGGGAGGUACUACGUGCAUCAAAGAGCCCGGCGCGACGUGCUGCUCCAAGUACGGCUGGUGCGGCGCCACCGCGGAUCAUUGCGGCGCAGGAUGCCAGGCUGGUUUCGGUACCUGCAGCGCGUCCAAAUAAGGUCUCAGAGAUCUGUCUAUAUCUCACGAUUUCUGUCCAUGGCUUCAUUUCUAGUUUUCUCGUGUCCCAUCAUAUCGAUGUAUGGAUGAAUAUUUAGUGUGUAAUGUGUUAAUAGGUGGGUGAAUGGUUCACCCAAGAAGCCUUCGGGGUAUGUUUUUCGGCGUCAAGGUCAAGCGGAGUAGGGUGGAAAGGGGCAUCGAGUGCAAGGGUCGACGACAUGAAAAGCAUUCAUGGACAUGAUUUGAUGUUCAGGUCAGACUGGGAACAGUCAAGAUGCCAACAUAUUCAUUGAUUUUAAACUCUCUACGCAAGCUGUUGAGAUCGAUCCACGGCGACCGAUGAUUGCAACGAGACUUACCUACAUCCGAAAUGUUGCCGGUCGAGUAGUUGGGGUCUGAUAAAAACAAAGCAUGUUUACCGUUGCUUCAAAUCUACUUUCUUCGCU